CAACAUUGUGCUCUCAUAACCUCCCUUAUUUGUGCCGGAUCAUUUCGACAAAAGGAUGCUGUAGCUGCCUUACAGAACUACAAACCAACUUUCAAUACUAGUUCUUUUCCCCAAGGUGAUGGUUGGAAGGAGCUUCUGGAACUGGACGCCAAUAUUUCCUACUUCUUUCCAGAAAAUGGGUGUGCUGGUCUUCCCCGUUCAACCACCAAAGACGAAUCACGUCGAAGUAAACGAAUAGCAUCGAGUAAAAAUAACAUCUGCCACAAAAUCAAUUUCAAGGACCUUGUGAAGUCUUCUACUUCUAAUGAUUCAACAAGUAACUGCUACACCGGGAGAGGUAUCGAUUAUCGAGGCACUGCUGCCGGACCACCAUCUUGUCUUCCUUGGAACGAACUUGACUACGUCAUCUCAAAUUUUACCCAAGACCCUUUGACCUAUCUCAGCAAAUCCUUACUUCCCGCUGAAGCCUUUGAUCCCCUUCCUGCUAAUCAUUCUGUUUGCCGAAAUCUCCUAGGCCUAGGCGCCGCACCCUUCUGUAUUGGCUUGAACCUACAUUCCGGUCGACUUGAAACCAUAGACUGUCCUAUGCUUGAUUGUCAGAACACUGUUUCCUCCACUGUUACUCCGUGUUACACCGAACUCUUGAGAAGACAACGAUUUAUAAACAUGAUCUCCAUAAUUACUACGAUGACAGCUCUCUUCUUGAUAAUUCUUUGCAUCCUCUUCGCUUAUGUUCUGCGUACUUUUCGACGAGAAAAGGUGUGUGUUUCGAUAGAAGAUGCUAGAGAAACUCGACGUGCACAUUUAGUGGCCCGAAGAAUUCGACUUCGAGAAUCGGGACGUUGUAUUCGAUGUUUGUUAAGAUGUCUCUUUAUCCUUGAAGAUGUCUGUCGUCGUGUUGAAGUGUCAAAAUGUAGUGCUGGGAGAACCGGUCGAGAGAAAGGUCUGACUAAGGUGAGUUUGAAGAAU